CAGUUGUUUGCUGUCUUGUGCUUUGGUGUUUGCUUUGCAGCCCCCGAAUCGUUCAACUUCAAGACUUUCUUCAAGGUGUCUGGCCUGGCCAGCAAGUCUCCCGAUGACGUGAAGAAAGCCUUCCGGAUCAUUGACCAGGACAACAGCGGCUUCAUUGAGGAGGAGGAGCUCAAGCUGUUCCUGCAGAACUUUUCUGCGUCUGCCAGAGCUCUCACCGACAAGGAGACCAAAACCUUCCUCGCCGCCGGUGACAGCGAUGGUGACGGCAUGAUCGGCAUUGAUGGUAAAACGUCUCCUAAUGCUUGUACAUAAACUUACUCAAAAAUG